AUGCACAUCAAACGAUACUUUGCGUCCGUAGCAGUUGCAAGCUACCUUGCUUUGUUGUCAACGGUGGCAGUAGUGGCACAAACUAAUGGUGGUGGAAGUUGCUCAGGUGACGUCCAAGUGAAAUCGCAAGCCGACCUGGAUCCACUUAAACCAUGCAAAAAGUACACUGGCUCAAUCGUGAUUGACAAGACAGCCGCAAACGACUUGAAGCUUCCUGGCGUAAUGCAGAUCGAUGGCGAAAUUAAUAUCCAUGAUAACAAUGCGCUAACACGGCUUUCCUUCCCACAUUUGCAAGCUGUCAAUAGUUUGAAGCUGGAAAACAACAGGGCAUUGAACAAGUUGGAUUUGAGCGCGUUGACGACCGUUCACUCGCUAGAAGUGGCUGUUCAUCCGGCUUUGCCAGAAAUCUCGUUCCCAGCAGGCUUAUCUCAAAUGUCCAGGGUGACCAUUUCGGACACAACCGUGACGCGAAUCGAUGGAUUAAAGAUAGACAAGGCUGAUGAAAUUGUCAUCGACAAUAACAUUUACUUGCGAACGUUGGACGUUGGAAACUUGACCGAGGUUACCAAAUCCAUGUCCAUAUCUGCCAAUUCGCCCGAUUUGACGUUGGAUGUAUCCCAUUUGCAUGCUUUACAACAAGGAUCGUUCCGCAAUUUGGCUGGUAUUUCCAUGGGUAGCCUGGAUAAAGUCUCUGGCGACCUAUCGUUUAUUUCUAAUAAGUUUACCUCGUUGGAGUUGCCCAAGGUCACCGACGUUGGUGGUACGUUCACUUUAUCGAACAACAACAACCUCGAAAAGCUCUCGGUACCUGAAUUGCGACACUUGGGUGGCGCAUUAUCCGUUGGCAACAAUACACGAUUGACCCAGGUUAAUGCAUUUGCAAAACUCGAAGAAGUGGAUGGAACGUUGGAUUUAACUGGUUCAUUUGACGAAGUCAAACUUCCCCAGCUCCAGGAUGUAAGUAAAGGAAAUUCUUGA